GAGAGAACAGAGGCAGAUCUAGACUAGGCAGCCUGGGAAGGACAAUGUCCUCCAUCUUGUUGCUGUGGCUAUGUGUGACUUUGCCAGGUCUGCUGUGGGCGUCACAUGCCACCCUCUUUUUGGAGGGGGACAAUGAUGCCUCCAGGAUCUGCAAGCCCGCCCCCAAGUGGGAAAUAAAGGGACAGGCACCCAUGAAAGAGGUUCUGGGAAAUGUGGUCGUGGUGGCGCUACUAAAGGCCAGCUGACAAUUCUGUCUCAUUCAGGCCUACGGCAUGCGAGGCCUGCGUGAGAAACUGAAGCUCAGCAACCUGACAGAUGUGUCUUUCAUGAUAGUGAACGAGCAAGAUGUUCUUUCCAGAGCAACUUACUAUCAGCUGGAGAGAAGCGCGCCCCCUGGUGUUCCUGUGUACCAGCAGGAUCACCUUCAAAAUGACGUGUGGGAGGCUCUGGAUGGCGACAAAGACGACUUCCUGAUUUAUGAUAGGUGUGGUCUCCUCACCUAUCACAUAGUGAUGCCGUACAGUUUCCUACACUACCCCUAUGUAGAAGGUGCAAUCAGAGCCACUUAUCACAAAAAUAUCUGCAAUUGCUCUGUGAGUAACCUCAAGAAUGCACACGCACAACAACAACUACAUUAUCUACAAUUCAGCUGGGCACUGAUGGUCCACAGGAGGGAGACAAAGCACCGGGGAGUCAUCAUCAUGUCCAUCAUCCUCAUCAUCCUCACCAUCAUCCCCACUAUCAUACCAGUCACAGCAACCAGUCCCAACAUCAGCAGGAUAAAAGUCAUAAAAGUCAUCCCCACUACCACCAUCAUGAUGAUGAGCAUCAUCAGCAUAGAUAAUUAG